AAAGGACAAAUGCGAAAAUUGAAAAACUUUAAGGAGGUAAUGUGAAAUAUAAGAUAGUUCGAACAAAAUACACAGAUCGGUGAAAAAGGGAGACUCAUCAAUUGACAACUACGGACUGAGCAGAGCAAUACUUCUUCUUCUUCACCAAAUCACACCUUCAUAGAUUGGAGAUUUCUCUGCUCGAUUUUGUUUUACACCAACAUAAGCAGAAAGAAUGGCUGGACAUGACUCAACUGGGAAGAAAUCAAGUGAUACCAUUAAUGACUUACCAACUUUCAACACUGAGAAUUUGCAAAGUAACAUGAAGACUAUAUUUUACAGCCGAACAUUCAUGGCCAUCAUUGCCGGAGUUGUUGCUGGAAUUUUGGGAUUAACAAGCUGGAAAGGGUUUGUUGUUUAUUUUCUUGUCAUGGCCAUUACUUCAGUUGGACUUAUAGCCAAAGCCGGAUUUUCCAUCCAUUCGUACUUCGAUUCCUGGAAUCAAAUUGUGCUUGAUGGUUUCUUUGGUGGGCUAUUGUCAUUCGUGCUGUUCUGGACAUUUGCUUAUGACAUUGUGCAUAUAUUCUGAGGAGUGAGGCGCAAUCUGCUUGUGAAGUAGGGAAGGAAUCAUCUAUGGUCAUUAUUUGAUAAUGGUGUAUCAAAUACCUGAAUGAAGCAAGUUAUGUAGUUGAUAAUGCUGCCUUUGAAUAGCUAAUUAUUUAUACCCAUUUUUUCUCUUGGGAAAGAUUUUGUUUAGGUUUUUAACUAUGAAUUUUCAUUGUUGUUGUCACGACGUAUUGUUAAUGUUACUAAACUUUAAUGAUGGGGUUAGUAAGAUUAAUUUUUCUUAAACACAA